CUGCAUAUCGACAGUUGUCGGUGUCGUUAACGGCAUUACGCAGGUUUUUCGUCUCUCAGUGAGCGCUUUUUUUUCUGAACGCAACCAGUAUAAAACUCUCUGCUCAGAGCCAUUUAUUGAACCACAACCAAUAGUAACAACAUACCUGGAAUUCUUUUGGUUUAUGUCCUAACCUUUUAAAUACUCAAAGUAUUUAAAGUAUUAGGUUAUGCGGUAUUCGUUACAAUAAUCUUUUGAAAGAUACUUCAAGCAUACAUGGUCUGGUGGUUAAAAAUCAAUCUUGGAUAAUAAUACACCAUCUUCUUCUACACCAUCAUUAUCUGAAAUGGACUUGGAAGAAAUGGAUGAGCUUUCAAAUGAAGACAUAGAAGAAAUUAUCGAUGUGAAUACAACUUUGGAUAUAGCUGCUGUUAAUAAUUUGACAUCCAUUGUACAUCCAUCAGAUCCUGCAAGCUCAGUGAAAGAAGAUCCUUUGGCUGUGUGUGUUUUCACUGGUCAUUGUACAGUUGGUGGACUGAAUGCUUCUGUGUUUUGUUGCUGUCUGAGCAGAAAUGGUGAGCUGGCAGCAACUGGAGGCGAUCAAAAUUUAGCAUUUACUUGGAAUACCACUACAGGGGGAACUAACCUAACAUGUUCUGAUCACUUAGAUAGUAUUGUAUUUGUAGAGUUUAAUCAUAAUGACACCUACUUGGUCACUUGUGACAUAUCAGGCAUUAUACAAUUGUGGCAGUUGAGCAAUAAUAUUCGUUGCUGGCGGACUGAGAUAAGCGAUUUACAAUGGGCAAAAUGGCAUCCAUCUGCCAAUGUCUUUUUAGCAAGCGACCAAACUGGACAGAUUUAUAUGUGGAAGCUACCACAGGGACAGUGUAAAAUCUUUCAUGGAACUGGCUCUCCAGUGAACUGUGGUGCUAUUUUUCCAGAUGGAAAGUUUCUAGCAGUAGGACACAUGGAUGGUACGAUUCGUGUAAUACAUUUAAAAGAUGGCACUGUAUCUGCCACCAUACCCAUCAGUCAAGGUCAUAACAAACUUGUUACUGCCAUCGAUUGUUAUAUAAAAUAUAACUUGAUAAUUUCGGUGGCGAUAGACGGCAGAACUAUACUAAGUACAGCACACAAUGGCAAGGUGAUUUGUGUGCUUCAAGAUUUGUCAUCUACAGUCGUACCUGCAGAAAGCUGCAAACAAACGCAAGAAGACGAAGAUACAAUAGACGAAGAUACAAUAGACGAAUCGGCGCAUAACGAGAAUUGGGCGGAGACAGUAGCUUUCUGUAAAGAUCCUUUGCUUCCCCUUGCUGCAACUGGAACAGUAAACGGGGAAAUUUUUAUAUAUGACAUUUUGAAACAGGUUCUUAGACACAAAGUAGAUGUUAAUAUGGGAGGCCUUGUGACCAAAAUAUUAUGGAAAGGCGAUACAUCAAUAUUCUUUGCGAGUGGAUCUGCUGUAGCAAGGUGUAUCGAUGGGAAAACUGGCAACUGUCUUCAAACAUUUAAAGGACACAAUGAUGAUGUAUUAGAUUUACAUAUAUCACAAAAUGGGGAAAGAUUACUAACUGUUAGUGAUGACACCCUAGCCAUAGUUUAUGAUAUCUCGUCUAUAUAGUAACGAAACAUGAAAUAUAUAAACAUUAAUUACUAGAUGUUCAGAAAAUUUGUUUAUUGGAAAAAUUCAAACUUCUUACAGUAUGUAGAUUUAUAAUCUUCUUUGCAGAUUAUAAUAGAAUCGUAAGAAAUUGAAUAGGA